GGUUGCAGUGGUCAGAUCCAGUUGUGGCAGUUCCUAUUGGAACUGUUAUCAGAUGCGGGAAAUUCGAAUUUCAUCUCUUGGGAGGGGGACGGUGGCGAGUUCAAACUGGUCGACCCUGACGAGGUGGCCCGCAAGUGGGGCGAGAAGAAGAGCAAGCCCAACAUGAACUACGACAAGCUGAGCAGGGCCCUCAGAUAUUAUUACGAUAAAAAUAUCAUGGCUAAGGUUCAGGGUAAAAGAUAUGCCUACAAAUUCGACUUUGUUGGACUUGCUCAAGCUCUUCAGCCACCCUCAACAAACGGU